AUGGCGCACCUCUACACGCACCUGCGCGUCCACCAGAUCUUUGGCGCCAACACGGACGUCGGCAAGACGAUCUUUGCGACGGGACUCUGUAUCGCCAGUGAGCUGCUUCCGCUCUCCCAGCCUGCUGCUACUCCAGCUGCUGCUGCUCUCCCCGGCGAGCGCACAUUCUAUUUCAAGCCCGUCCAGACCGGGCCGCGCGGCGACUGGGAUGCAGGGCACAUCCACCGCUUCUCGCCGCGCACGCACACCACCACGCUCCACUCGUUCCCUCUGCCGCUCUCCCCGCACGUCGCCGCCGCCGCCGCCGCCAAUGCGGGAACGGGAACCAGCAGCAGUAGCAUACCCACCGACGCCGAGCUUGCAGCUGCAGCAGCAGCCUGGCUCGCGUCGACGGCCGCCGCUGCUACUACAGAUGCCGUGCCCGCGGUCGCCUACGUCGAGGCAGCCGGCGGCGUCCACUCACCCUCGCCGGCGGGGACAUCGCUGUCGGCUGUGCUGCGUCCGCUGCGUCUGCCAACGAUCCUCAUCGGCAGCGCCGCACUCGGCGGAAUCAGCACGACGCGCUCCGCGUACGACAGCCUCCUGCUCGCCGGCUACGACGUCCAGGCCAUCCUCCUCUUCCCCGCGCCUGGCCAGCUGGGAAACGUGCGCUACCUCCGCGACCUCUUCCACGGCACAAACAGCAGCAGCAGCGCAUACGGGGAUGGCGUGCAGACCAGGGUGUUUGGCAUCGGCGGCUCUGCCGACGCUGCCGCCGCUCGCUGGGGCCCCCCGCCCGAACGCGCCGGAUCGCAGGCCGAGGACGACGCGCGAAUGCGCGCCUACUACCAUUCCCUGGUCCAUGGCCGUCCGUCGUCCCUCUGCUCGUCUGCCGCCUUGGAAGGUGACAGCAGCAGCGAGGAGACGCCUGGCGGCCUGCUGGGCGUGGUGAGCUACCUGCGCAUGCGCCAUGCUCAGCGUAUCGCCGAGCUGCACACGCUCGCCUCGCGCACACGCCAGAGCGUCUGGUGGCCCUUUACGCAGCAUACACUCACCAAGUCUGACCGCGACGUCACUGUCAUCGACUCGGCCAGCGCCGACUGCUUCGACACGCUCGCCGCCCCUCCACCUGCGUCCGCGCAGCGCCUGCUGCAGCCAACACUCGAUGGAAGCGCGUCGUGGUGGACGCAGUGCGUCGGCCACGCGCACCCGCGCCUGACGCUCGCCGCUUCCCGCACCGCCGCGCGCUACGGCCACGUCAUCUUUCCCAAUGCCGCGCACGCCCCCGCCGUGCGCCUUGCGGAGCGCUUACUUGGCCGCCGUGCACAGCCUGGUGCGCUCGACGAUCAACACAAGCUGGCGCCUGCUGCAUUGCCUGAUCCGGCCUCCGCCGCGGCAAUGACGACCGCGCCCGGGCGUGGCUGGGCGGACCGCGCCUACUUUAGCGAUGAUGGAAGCACCGGCAUGGAGAUCGCACUCAAGAUGGCCAUUGCGUCGACGCGCCUGCGCUAUGCGCCGCCUGAUACGCGCACCUCCACCCCACCAUCUUCGGGCGACUGGGAGGUCAUCGGCCUCAAGGGGAGCUACCACGGCGACACGAUCGGCGCGAUGGACGCGUGUCAGCCGAGCGCCUACAGCAGCGCCGUCGACUGGUACCGCCCCCGCGGCUUUUGGUUCGACGUGCCGAGCGUGCAGUUCAACGACGGCGUCGCCCGCGUUCGCGUCCACGAGCACUCCGAGGCGCCCGCGCAGCAGCACAGCAACGCACAAACGUACACGUACACGAGCCUGCAGGAGAUCUACGACGUUCCCGCGCGCCUGGCGUCCGACCCGCUCACGCACACGUACCGCACACGCAUCCGUAGUACGCUCCAGCACCUCGUCUACAACGAGCGCAGGCGCUUCGGCGCGCUUGUGCUCGAGCCGCUCGUCAUGGGCGCCGGAGGUAUGGUCUUUGUCGACCCGCUCUUCCAGCGCUGCCUCGUCGACGUCGUCAGGGAGAGUGAGGACCUCUUUGCGAGCGCCGCCGGUGCAGGCGUGCCUGCGCGCGCCAAACACGCUUCUGGCUUCAGCGACUGGACGGGCCUGCCAGUCAUCUUUGACGAGGUAUUCACGGGCCUAUACCGCCUCGGCCUCAGCACGCCUGCGGCGCUGCUCGGCGUGCACCCGGAUAUAUCGUGCCUCGCCAAGAUUCUCACUGGUGGCCUGCUGCCCAUGUCCGUCACGCUCGCAUCAGAGGCAAUAUUUGCCAUGUUCGCACGCUCUGAGCGCAAGGUCGACGCGCUCCUGCACGGGCAUAGCUACACGGCUUACCCGAUCGGCUGCGAGGUCGCCAACGAGACCAUCGAUCUGCUCGACGACAUGGUUCGCCGUGGCAGCUGGGACGCCGCGCAACACGCAUGGCACCGCCGCGCUCCACCGCCCGCACCCGCGCAGGACCGCUCGACGGCCGCAGCGCCGCCGCGCAUCUGGAGCUUCUGGUGCCCCGACGCCGUGCAGCAGCUCUCGCACGCCGCGCGUGUCGAGAACGCCAUGGCGCUUGGAUGCGUCCUCGCCGUCGAGCUGCGCAGCGCGGACGCGCGCGGAUACACGUCCGACGCUGCGGCCGACGUCGUCUCAGCCCUGCGCAAGGCUCCGCCUGCGUCUGCGUCAGCGGCGAAAGCGGGUGCUGGCGCGCCCGGGGAGCAGCUGUUCGCGGGCAUCCAUGCGCGGCCGCUCGGCAACGUAGUGUACCUCAUGUGCAGCCUGAACACGCGCGCCGAUGUGCUGCGCGAGGCAGAGCAGCGCUUGAUACAAGCCGUCAUAUGA